GCCGUUUAAAUUUGUCAAAUUUCGUUGAUAAUAAAAUGAUAUAUCCUCCAAAAUUUCUAAGACUAGUUGAGGAAAAAAGGAAACACCAAAUCCGGAAGUAAAAAAAAAAACAUUUUGUCAGAUCGGGUACUGCAAUGGCGUGGAACGUCUUCAAAUUCUGUACGGCUCUACGAGGACUCGGAUCGAUCAUGAUCCUUCUCGUCUUGGGUGUUGUUGGCGUCACCUACUACGCCGUCGUCUGGACCAAUUACGGUCCGGCGCUAUCAGAUGGAGGCAUCGAUUCUCUUGCCGCGCUUGCUAUUAUAAUCCUUUUCCAUUUCUUGCUGGCGAUGCUUCUGUGGAGCUACUUCUCUGUUGUGUUUACUGAUCCUGGUGUUGUGCCUCCGAAUUGGAGGUCAGCUUCAGACGAAGAACAACGAGGCGAGUCUGAUCCGUUGAACAGUUUGGAGUUUGGCGGGUUACAGCCUGAUUCUUCCAGCCAAAGAAGUCGGUUUUGUAGAAAAUGCAAUCAGCCUAAGCCUCCUCGUUGCCACCAUUGCUCUGUUUGUGGUCGGUGUGUGUUGAAAAUGGACCACCAUUGUGUUUGGGUUGUUAACUGUGUUGGGGCUCUUAACUAUAAGUAUUUCCUUCUUUUUUUGCUUUACACCUUUAUGGAAACGACUCUUGUGACUUUGCUUCUCAUGCCUCACUUCAUAGCCUUCUUUAGCGAUGAAGAGAUACCUGGAACCCCCGGCACACUUGCUACUACGUUUCUUGCAUUUGUUUUAAACCUGGCAUUUGCUUUAAGCGUUAUGGGUUUCUUAAUUAUGCACAUCUCGCUCGUAGCUGCCAAUACAACAACUAUAGAGGCGUAUGAGAAGAAAACAAGUCCAAAAUGGCUGUAUGACCUUGGUCGAAAGAAGAACUUUGAACAAGUAUUUGGCACGGAUAAGAGGUACUGGUUGAUUCCGGCAUACUCAGACGACGAUCUAAGGCGAAUGCCGGAACUUCAGGGACUCGACUACCCUUCAAAACCCGACUUUGAUUCGCAAGAUUUCUGAAGAAAAGAUGGUUUCUUUACCUGCAAGGGCUGUAACCAUACCUUAGAGAUGACAGAGGUAGAGAGAAAGAGGCGGAAAAUGACUUUGGAAGAUGAAAUGUACUAACUUUAAAGAGUUCGCUUCUCGCUUACACGGUGUCGUUUCUUCCCACGGAUUGAAGAACGCUGAGACUAAGGGCAAAUCAUACGACGACCAGAUGAUAUUUUGGAUACAUAUGUUCUUCGUUUUUGAGUAGUUAGGAUCAUAUGAUCUAUAAUUUAUAAAUGUAGAGCCAGUCUCACGUUGAGAAGAAACUUGCUGUUUGGUUACUGAUUUUCUUAAAAGUCUGUCUCUUUUGUUGAGAUGUUUGUCAUUUUUUUACUUUUGUCACUGGAAUUUUGUGGUAAAACAUAAAAAAAAAAGUCAUGAGGAAGACGCUAAGAAUGAUGAAGAAGCUUCUAGCUUAUGGUGUAAAUGACACGUGUCUCAAUCUUAAUGCGCUUAUAUAAUAAACAGAGUGCUGUUGUAUAUAUCUCUUCUGAAUCAGGGGAAUCGUCUGUGGGAUUUCUGGGCUCUUCUCGGAUUCUCUCGCAGAUUGCAGAGCUUAACGAAGAAUUGGGAAAAUGGGCGAUCCAUUUCCAUUUGGUGGUAGAUUCGGUAAUUUUGGCGGUUUCGGAGCAUUUAGUGGUAGCUUUUUUGGAGGAAGAGAUCCUUUUGAUGACCCUUUCUUCUCUCGGCCAUUUGAAGAUUUGCUCGCACCAAACACCUUUAGUUCAGGUGCUUCCUUUAGUGUAGCACAGAACAACAAUGGUGGGAGAGGUUUAACAAUUGAAGAAUUACCCUCUGAUGAAGAAGAAGAGGAAAGGAAAGAUUUUGGAAGUGACGAAGAACAUACUAGUUCAGAGAAUCAGCCAUGUGUUGAGCACCCUGAAGAUGAUGCUGAUGCUGAGAGGAAGAUUCAAAAUGUGAAUCAAAGGAGUGAUUUCAAUAGAAGAGAGGCUACGCAGUCUCGAGCCAAAACAUUCAGACAUCACACCUCAAAGGUUACAUAUGGUGGCAUUGAUGGUGCUUACUAUACAUCCAGUAGAACCAGAAGAGCAGGCAGCGACGGAAUGGUGGUUGAGGAAAGCAGAGAAGCCGAUAAGACUACUGGUGAGGCCACUCAUAGGAUCUCCAGAGGAAUCAAUGAUAAGGGUCAUUCGGUUACUAGGAAGCUUAACUCGAGUGGUGGCGUAGUCUCGACACAGACUCUACACAACCUCGAUGAAGAAGAACUAAGUGGCUUUGAAGAAGCAUGGAAAGGCAAUUCAUCUCUUGCCAAGCAUGAACCCACUGGCUCUGAUCAUAGCUUUGGAGGAUGGCUUCUUAAAUCUCCCCACCAAACUGCUCGACGACCAGACGAAAGUCAGACCGGUUCGAGCCGAUCUGCAACUGGAGCUAAGAGGGUUGUUCGGAUCAACAUUGAAUGAAUCAUGCUUAUAGGAAAACAUGUAUCAAUCAGUCGUCUAUGUGCGUACUCAAAUAAUGAUGUUUGACGUUGUAAUGUCAAAUACUUUUACAUUCGUGUGUGAACGCAAUAUAAUGAUCUCGAGUUUUGAUUGUAGAAAAUUAUUUUGUAACGUAUAUACAACAUUGGUCUCGCAAAGGCAAAAUGAAGUAGCCCAAAACAGAAGGCAAGUGGUUUUAGACUUUAGCGUCUGAAUAAAUGCUCCUCUCCUGAUAUAUGAUCCACGUGUCUAAUCCAACGGCUAGUAGGCUUCCUCGAGUCACUACGCUGAUGGCUACCGGAGGCUCCCACGUGUACUAUAUCUAACCCACUCCCAACCGGUAAAAACACGGAUCUCACAACACGCGUCCCACCUUUCAACACAUCUUGCCAUUUAAACCCAGAGAUCGCUCUCUGCGUGGCGUUUUUACCCACCAAAACGGCACCCUUGUUGCUCAAUUUCGCAAACUUCAGCGUUCUGACAAACUCACGCCGCUUCGAGUCCACCACCAUGAAGUCUACGCCGGAAAACUCCUCCACCGUGUCCUCCACAAAUUCUCCGAUCACCACAACCUCCGUAACCUCCGUCGUAAAGACUCUUCUCAUGGCUGAUACGUACUCCAGUUUAGACUGCUCAUCAGGUACUAAACACACGUGUCUUCCGCACGUGUGAGUUGCGGCAACCGCUAGUCCGACGCUAGUCGCGAUUGGAUCGCCGCGUGACCAUGUCUCAACGAUUAGCCUCGCGUUCCAUCCUGCCGCCGUAGCUGAUAAAAACUCCGCUACUCCUGAUUCCUUGUAGCUUUUGCACUAUACACUGUGGACAUAGGCGUCAGAAGCGGUUUCAGGCGACCAGAUAAGCUUCAUGGUGAGAGUGAAAUGGAGAUUUUAUGAUAUGAAGGAAGCGGUUAGGUUAUAUAUAAAUAGACAACCGAAGCGUUGACAAAUGCUUACACCAAUUACAACGUGUCAAUUGGUCUCAUUGCUCCCAUUUAUUACUACUCCCUAUUAAUUAUUAUCCUCCCCAUCCUCUUUUUUCUUUUUUUCCC